AUGCAAAGAAACAUCCGUCUCUUCUCUGCCGCCUAUGAGAACUUCGGCCUGAUCAUCAGCGCAGAGGAGAUGGCGGCCAUGCACCAACCGCCACCCAACACCGCCCACAAUGCGUCGCAAAUCAGCGUGAACGGAACCCAUCUGCAAGUGGAGGACAACUUCCUGUAUCUGGACAGCACCCUCUCCUGCAGCACCAAAAUCGACGAUGAAGUGGCUCGUCGGAUUUCCAAAGCCAGUCAAGCCUUCGGUCGUCUUCAAAACACAGUUCAGAAACGUCACGGUCUUUAG